AUGUUUCAUCCAGUCAAGUCCCGCGGCGUUUGCUCCCCCUUCCCGUCUCGGGAUGGCUGGCACAGCUCGAACAGGGCAGAGCUGACAGCGCUUGCAUGGUUGCCCCGUCAACGCUUGUCAAAAGAGGAUCAACUGCACCACAAGCUGAACAGCUCCGGCAUUGACGUCCUUUUUGAUCCCGCGGGGCCCUCUCUUGUGUGUUUUUUUGCAUACCGCACUCCUCCAAUUAUCACCACCUCCAGAGAACCACAGCGUUGUAAGGCGCCGGUCGCAAACAUGGGGGGCUCCAACCAACCGUACAUGUACGAGCCAGUCUUGAAGGACGACGAACGCUUCCCUGUUCCCGUGUUUGACCCCAAGGCCGUCACUCGGGCGAGUUAUGAGAAGAAAAAGCCGAAGCCGAAGCCGAACGGCCCGCUUGUCUCGAUCAACCGCCAUCCAGAUGCCCAUGUCGUCCCGACAGGCCGGACCAACUUUAGGACCCUGGGUGCCUCGACCAAGAGCUGGAUCAAGGGGAUGAGAGCUGUGCAGCUGUGUUUGCGUGUGCUCGAGUUGAUUGCCGCCCUUGGUUUUCUGACUCUGUGCAUUCUCUUGAAGGGGUUUGAGGAACUAACAGGAUGGGUUAUGCGCGUCACCUUUGGUGUCGUGAUCAUCCACUGCAUCUACUCCAUCUACCACCACUCCAAGCCAGCAUCCGGCAAGACCCCCGGCUCAUCAGCAGCCUACCAAGUCUUUGGCGGUAUCUCCGACCUUGCUGUCCUCCCGCUCUACACCUACGGCAUCUUUUCAUGCCGCAACCAGGCUGACAAGUGGUCCACUCUUCUCACCAACCAAGAUCUUGUCCAGAAGUACUUUGUCCCCUCCCUCUACUACGGUCUCAUGGGCGCUGCUGGGCUGCAUCUCGUCUCCCUCGCCAUCUCCCUCUGGCUCGGCGUCGUGUUCCGCCGCAUCUCCAUGAUGCCCCCAGACAUGAAUCCCCUCGAGAACCGCUUCACCUCCCGCGCCCACAAGCGCAACAAGUCCUCCAUCGUUACCACCACCACCACCACCAGCUACUCGGACUCUGAAAAGCGCGUCAGCACCCUCUCGGACCGCAUCCGUGACAGCAUCCCAGCCUACGACCCGGAAACCUCCCGCCCCCCUUCCGUUCCUUUCAUGCACACCCGUCAAAGCUCGUAUGACUCCCAGGACUCAAGGAAGGGCCUCCCGUCGAGACAAUACCAAAUCCCCCACUCCAACCGCUCCUCCGGCACAGCCCAGGACUUUCAGCGCAUGUCCGCCCCUCCUCCUGUUCCCGCCCAUUCCAGCGGGCAAUCUUCCCCAACCAAAUCCCGCGCUUCCUACACCGAGCUCCCACUCGGAGAGACGGAUCUCGGCGCCCCCCGGCCAAGGUCAAUGUUCAACCCCCCAACCACCUUUUCCGACGACGAUGACGACCACCCUCAGACUUCGGCUGUUAAAUCCCACCACCCCACCCCGGUUUCCCCGUCGCAAGUCCAGCAGCCGAGGACAGCGAGGUUCACAGAGGCAUGGUACACAACCCCCAGCCUGGUCAGCCGCACCGCGCAGCGAAACCCGCAGUACCAAACCCUCGACCCCGACUCCGAGUCUUCGGACAAUGAUGAAAAUGAUUUCAACUACAGGACUAAUCUCGGACCCUCACCGGCCCAUCCCAACCCGCUUGGUUCCCACCCCCCACGCUCCCCGUCCCCGCCACCAAAGAGGCAUUCCACCCCCUUUUCAAGGCUGAGGGAUUCAAUCCUGGGGGAGGUCAGCCCCAAUGACCGCCGCGUGUCUGGCGACAUAACAGAGAUGAAGACGCCUGCUCGGAAACAGCUGAAUAGACAGAGUUCCAUCCAGGCGGAUUCGAGUUUUUAUUCCAAGCCGUAUGGGGAUUUGAGGGCGAGGACGCCGCCGGUUAUCGUGGGGAGUUUGGGGCUUGGUGAGGUUGUGGAGGAGGAGGAGACGAGGAAUAAUAUGAGGCAGGUGAGCAGUGGGAAUGAUUUUGAUGGUGGGCCGGUGGGGGUGGGGGUGAGGAUGAGGCAUGUUAGCGGGCGGGAGGCGGAGGAGGGGAGGGCGGGGGUUACGCCUCCUCCUUUGGAGAUUAAGAAAAAGAAGGGGAAUGGGGAGGUGAAGGGGGGGCAUGUGGCUGCCAUGAGGAGUAGGUAUUCGGUUUUGAACGAGUAG